AGAAGAAAUAAACAAAAGAGAAGAAAAUUGUCCUUUUAUAUUAAAAUUAAUUUAAUUUUAUAGCAUUGAAUUCAAUCCCAACUUUUUUCCCAAUUAUCCUCUCUAUCACUCUUUCCAAUUAUAACCGCCUCUUUCUUUCUCUCUUUCUCUUUUAAUAUUUUCCUCCAUGGGUUUCCUUAAAGCUUCGUCCAUAGAAUCAUCUCCUUCUCCUUCACAAAAUAAUCCUCCUCAAAUUUCUCAUAAUAUGAACAAACAUACUUCUACUUCUACUUCUUUUGUUCAUCCUUUUAUUUCAACCACCUCGAAUCACAAUCAUAGUCAUAAUUAUAAUCAUAAUACUGAUAAUCAUAAUAAUAAUGAUAAUAUAAUUACUUCAUUAGAAUUACAACAAUUCUCUCUCCUUCAUCAUCAACAACAACAACAACAUCAGCAGAAUAUUUCUUUUAGUAUGAUGCAAUCUUCUCCAUCAUCCUCUUCCCUUCCUGGGAAUAACUUCAUGGGAUCCGGAAAAGAAAAUAAUAGUAAUACAAGUAAUAAUACAACAGGAGCAUAUGAUUUAGGAGAGCUAGAUCAAGCUCUUUUUCUAUACCUUGAUGGACAAACUGAUCAUGAACAAUUACGACAGAAUCAUAAUUCAUCUUCAACAUCGUCACCAGGAGGUGGUGGAGCAGGAGGAGGAAUGAGACCGCCCACACUUAAUAUUUUCCCAUCUCAACCUAUGCAUGUUGAGCCUUCUACUAAGGCGAAGACUGGUGGAGUACAGGGCGGAGGUCAAUCACGGCCAUCUGAGCAGCCGCCACCGAUCGAGUUGUCAAACAACAACAAUAGUAAUAACAAUAACAAGAAUAAAUUGAAAAAUGAUUUACCAGCUGAACAAUCCAAGCCAAUCAAACGUGAAGGAAACCGCAAAGGUCCAACAUCAAGUUCUGAGCAAGAAGGCCCGAAAACACCCGACCCUAAGACACUGAGAAGACUGGCUCAGAAUAGAGAGGCAGCUAGGAAAAGCAGGCUUAGAAAAAAGGCUUAUGUUCAACAAUUAGAAUCAAGUAGGAUAAGACUUGCUCAAUUAGAGCAAGAACUUCAACGAGCUCGAGCACAAGGGAUAUUUUUCGGAGGCGGUUUAGGCGGUGGUGGUGAUCAAGGAAUACCGGUUGGAGUUUCCAACAUAAGCUCAGAUGCAGCGGUAUUUGACUUAGAAUACACAAGAUGGCUGGAGGAACACCACAGGUUGACGUGCGAGCUGAGAGCAGCAGUGCAAGAACAUAUACCGGAAAAUGAGCUAAAGAUUUACGUGGAUAAUUGCUUGGCGCAUUAUGAUAUUGUUAUGAAUCUAAAGGGAAUGGUAGCAAAAUCAGACGUUUUUCACCUUGUUUCGGGCAUGUGGAAGACGCCUGCUGAGCGUUGCUUCAUGUGGAUGGGUGGUUUUCGCCCUUCCGAACUAAUUAAGAUAAUAUUACACCAAAUCGAGCCAUUGAGUGAUCAACAAUUGAUGGGCAUAUGUGGAUUGCAACAAUCAACACAAGAAGCAGAAGAUGCACUUUCCCAAGGAUUGGAUGCACUCCAACAAUCUUUAUCCGACGUGAUCGCCUCAGACUCUUUGAGUUGCCCUCCAAACAUGAACAAUUACAUGGGUCAAAUGGCUCUUGCUAUGAACAAGCUUUCUACCAUGGAAAAUUUUGUUAGACAGGCAGACAGUCUAAGGCACCAAACACUUCAUCGACUACAUCAAAUCCUAACGACACGGCAGGCGGCAAGGUGUUUUCUGACGAUCGCCGAAUACUUCCACCGUCUCCGAGCACUGAGCUCCAUGUGGAUGGCUAGGCCACGCCAAGAAUAGAUAGCUUGAACAACAUCCCCAAAUGAAGCUAGCUAGAUAUUUAGCUUGCUAGUAAUAGGAUAAAUCAUGCAAACGUACUUUGACAAAUUAUUUCCCACUUUGAUAAUCUCCUUUUUUUUAAUAAUUAAAUUAGCUAAUUAAUAUAAUAUAUGCUUCAAUGUCUUUAAAG